AUGUCCGACGAGCUCGACAUUGACCAGCUCUCUCCCACCGAGAGGUCCGCGCUAGAGACACACACAGCUGUAACGGGCCAGGAACCAGCCGAGGCCAUUGCUCUACUCCGCCGUUCGCAAUGGAAUGUCCAGAUAGCGAUCGCCAAGUUCUUUGAUGGCGAGGGCCCCGAUCCACUCGAGGAGGCUCGCGAGGCCCUACAGUCCCCUCCUGUACGACCAGCCCGACGAACCCAGAACCUGAUGUCGGAUGACCUCACCGAACAUUUUUCGCCGGCUGCUCGUUCAGCGGACCCAGCGCCCCGUGUAGAUACACAACCUGAAGACCAACCGAGUUAUCGACCACCCUUAAUUAUUGCCCUACUGUUCACGCCUUUCAACUUGGUGUAUCGACUCUUGUACAGCUCUUUCCGCCUCUUUGGGUCUUUGUUUCCAUUCCUCCCGCGCCUAUUCAACGCAACCGCGAAUCCAGCUCUACAGGGAGCACGGCUGAAUACGACGGGCCGCCGACCCCUAGGCCCGAAGGAUACUGCCGCCCGGUUCAUUCGCGAGUUCGAGGAGGAAUAUGGAUCGCACUCGGUUCCUUUCCUGGAAAAUGGAUAUAAUAUGGCAUUGGAGAAGUCCCACCGAGACUUGAAUUUUAUGUUGAUCGUGCUCCUCGCACCCGAACAUGAUGAUACGAGUGGCUGGGUGCGCGAUACCCUGUUGGCACCCGAGGUCGUGGAGUUCAUCAACGACCCGCAAAACAACCUUCUGGUGUGGGGCGGCAACGUUCAGGACUCCGAAGCGUACCAAGUGGCCAACUCCCUGAAGUGUACCAAGUUCCCUUUCGCGGCGGUGAUUGUCCACACCCCCAAUGUGUCUUCGACGGCUAUGUCGGUGGUUGGCCGCAUUGCGGGAACAACCUCGCCGUCCGAAUUCGUGACCCGGCUUCGCACGACGAUCACCACAAACCAGGAACCCUUGGAACGUAUCCGCGCAACCAGAUCCGAGCAACAGGCUUCUCGCAGCUUGCGUGAACAGCAAGAUUCGGCAUACGAGCGGUCACUGGCUAUUGAUCGCGAACGGGCACGUCAACGCCGGGAAGCCGAGGCCGCACGACAACGCGAGGAGCAAGAGGCCGCGGACCGGCAGGCGGCCGAAGAAAAGAAGCUGCGCGAUCUGGCUCAGUGGAAGCAAUGGCGAGCACAGUCCCUUGGCGCCGAGCCCGACAUUGAUGUAAAAGAUGCGGUGCGCAUUAGUGUGCGUUUGCCCUCUGGCGAGCGAAUCAUGCGUCGGUUUGCACCUGAUGCCAAUAUCGAGGAGCUUUAUGCGGUAGUAGAGUGCUAUGAGGUCCUGCAGGAUGAGUCACGACCAACAGAUGUGACCAAGCCUGAAGACUUUGAGCAUCAGUAUGGAUUCCGAUUGGUGUCGCCGAUGCCCCGGGCCGUAUAUGCGGUUGAAGAGGGCGGGACGAUCCGCGAUAAGAUCGGCCGGGGUGGCAAUUUACUGGUGGAGCCGAUCGAGGAAGAAGAGGAAGAGGAAGAGGAGGAUGAAGAGGAGGGAGAGAAAGUUGCUACGUCAUCAUAG